CAGCUAAUAGCCAAUCAAAGUAUCUGAAAGAAAAACCAAGAUACAUGUAAACAAUUGAGAGGAAUUAGAAUAUUUCUUUUUUGGCUCGUAAAAUCACCUUCAAGCAAAUGAAUGAAUAAAAAGGCUGAGAAAUAGAGAGAAAAAUGGAAAACUUUGUUCUGUAUGAAGAGCUAGGAAGAGGAGAUCAUUCUAUCAUAUAUAAAGGUCGUAGAAAAGGGACAAUAAAUUUUGUAGCAAUACAUUGCAUAGAGAAAUGCAAGCGUCCAGAGGUUACAAAUACAGUGAGAAUGACUCAUGACAUACAACAUAUCAAUGUAGUCAAGUUCUACGAAUGGUAUGAGACCAGUAAUCACCUCUGGUUGGUCGUCGAACUUUGUACCGGUGGUAGUUUAGAAUAUCUGAUCUCACAAGAUAAAAAUCUUCCAGAAAGCUCUGUCAGAAACUUCGGGAUAGAUCUUGUGACAGGAUUACAUUAUAUCCACUCACUAGGCAUUCUGUUCUGUGAUCUGAGACCUUCAAAGAUUUUACUUGAUGGACCUGGGAUUCUGAAGUAUGCAGAUUUUGGUCUUGCUAAAGUUGAAGGUGAAAACCUUGAGGAAUUGUUCCAAAAAUUCUCUGAUGCUGGCGAGACGUGGGCCACAGAAUCUCAGCUUGAUGAUAGGAGGUCAAGGACAGCUGGGCAUACACAUUAUAUUGCACCUGAAGUGUUGCAAGGGGGAGAACUCACAUUGCUUAGUGAUCUCUGGUCAUUAGGCUGUGUACUGUAUGAGCUCUUCACAGGUCAUCCUCCAUUUUUAGCAGAGUCAUACCCACAGCUUGUAGAUAAAAUAGUGAACAAAGGCUACGCACCACCAAAAGUGAAAGGAACAAGAUUUUCAUCCAAACCAUCACAUGACUUUUUGAGUUUGAUCGAUGGACUUCUUCAGAAAGAUCCAGAUAAAAGACUUGGCUGGCCAGGGUUAGUCACACAUCCAUUCUUUGAAGGGAAACUUUUAAAACUUGCUAAAGACUUGGUCAUGUCCCAAGAUGUACAGGGCAGUAUGGCAACAACAGCUAGAAGCAGUGUAUUUGUUGAUGGUACAGGGUCAGUGCUGGGUAAAGUUAAGACUGUUGAAUUGACCGACAGACCCAUGACAAAUGUUCAAGAGAAUGAUUCACCGUCUAGACCAGGUACAUCUGGUGGUGAUUUUCUGCGUCCAAAAACAGCGCCCACAGAUGACGGUGGUGCUAGUCUUUUCACCCUGAGCGCUAGACCUCACACUGCAGUGCCCCCAGAUGAUAGUCUAAGAGUUAACUCCCCUUAUAGACAGCAACAUUCACCCCUGUCCACAAGGGAGCCACUUGGUACAGGAAAAGACACAGCUGAGUUGUCACAGACUAAAAAUGAAAUACUUGAUUUGAUUUAUCACCCAACAGAUUUUGCCAUCUCAUCCAUAAUAGAUAAUCCCAAGAUUCAAAGGCCAGCCACUGCUAAAUACGAUGCCAAGACACUUCCAGUACCACCAAUAUCUGCCGAGAAAUUUGGCAGCCUGCCAGAGAAAGACCAAACCAGACAUUUGAGGACAAUUCUGGACACUAUAAGCGUUUCCGAGAAAGGUCCGCCCUCCCAGAAACGUAUACAGUUGUAUCAUUAUCUGAUAGCCUUAUGUGGUAAUACAGGGGUGUCAACAUACCUUAUGAGGAAUAAUGCUGCUAUUGUUUUAACCAGACAACUGAAGGAAGUUACUCAUGCAGAAGUGAGAGUGAAGAUUGCUAGAGUAAUAGCUGUGAUGGCCAGUAACACAGAAUCUUUAGAUGAAUCAACAAAAAUCUCAGAGGCAUUGACGGGGAUCACAGAAAUUUUCAGGGAAAAUGUAAAAAACAACAGGAUAAAACAAGGUCUUCUACCUGCACUCGGUGAACUUGUCUACCUUGUUGCCUUACAGGAAGAACAACAGGGUACUAGUGUUGACAACUGGAACAUUCCAUCCAUGACAUUUGCCGUCAUAUGCCGUAGCUGUAGAGAUGGGGAAGACAGUUUAAUUAAUCAUAUAGCAGCCAAAAUAGUUGAGAACGUAGCUACAACCAAAGGACAGAUAGCACAGAAAAUGGUGACAACAGAAAUGGCCCAGUCAUUAUGGUAUAUCUUCAAACAUUCCACGCUUGAUGCUCUCAGGAUAACAGCUCUUUCUGCAUUACAUAGAAUCACAAGACAUAACCCACAAGUCUUCCAGUCAGUUAUUGACACUGUAGGUUUAUCAACAUUGUUGUCAGCACUGUCAUUUGGUAUAACAAAGAUUCAACAAUCUAUUGUCACCAUGUUCGGAGCUUUGAUUGUGUCAGGAGCUUCCCUGAAUAGACUUACACAAGAUAAGGAUUUCCUGCAGAAGAUACUGCGAUUGUUAGAAAGUCCAUCUACAGUGAUACGAGGCAAAGCUUUUGUUGUGAUACACGAACUUACUAAAAAUAACCAUGAUAUCUUGUUGUCAUGUUGCCAGUAUAGACUGGUAAUGUAUCUGGAGAGAGAUAGCAGACGUCAAACACCGAGAGAUACGAAAGUUGACCCGGCAGAAAUGGAAUAUUUGAACAGAUGUCUUGAUCUGCUUAUCAACUACAUCUCUGAUUCAGUCCCUAAUAUUAUAGGUGACGUUCUGACUGCAUUAGAUUCUGUGGCCGGACGUAAACAUCCAAACACUGUUCAGGCAAAACAACUCAAGAGUUCCCUCCCUUUAGUACAUAUUUUCCUUCAUCUUGUAACCAGUCAGGUAUUCCGUCCAAAGAUAGUCACUGAGGAAUUUGUACGAAGUCUCGGUUCACUGCUAGGGCACGUUAAACGUAUUGAGAAUGGUGAAACAAAUAUUGAAGCAUCUAAUGAGAAGGGUAAAGGUGUAAUAACAGUGUCAGAGUUUGUAAACACAGUGAUGUCAGUUCUAGAAGGUAUUACCCAGCAUCCCACACUGCUCAUGGACCAUGGUGUGGUUGUCAUGGAGACAAUCCUUCCAAUAAUGGCGGAGUUGGUUGUUAGUCAGAAUGGUGACACCCGUGCUCUAUCACUAAGCUUGUUCUCUGAGAUGGCGACAGUAUUCCUGACACAGGAUGCCGUGGCAACCAAUGGCAAGGUGGACACAAAGAGAUUACAUAUCAUUAUAGGAGAGAAGUUAUUCCCACAUUAUGAACAGAUAUUGCUAGACCAGGACCCACUACCUUACUACGGUCUCAAGUUGUUACUUGCCUUACUAGAAUCUAAUUCUGCAUUCAUAAAACAAUUUCAACAGCAAGGCCUUGUAUCUGUGAUAUUUCAAGUUUUACUGGAUCACCAGAACAAUCCAAUGAGCAGCGCCAUGCAGAGUAUAGCUGGUAUAUUGAACUGUCUCGUCAGUCAUAAAGAAACGAACAUGAAGGAGUUAUAUGAACAAGGUCUAAUUGACUACUUUACUACGAUAUUUUUCGAGGUAUCGGCAGCUUGUUUCGAAGGAGAAGACAACAGUGGUGUUGAAAGUAAAGUAGUUUUGUCCAUGCUACAGACGUUACUCGAAACUCUUCAUGGUCUGUUAAAAUAUGUGUCAGACUUUGUUCGUAAGGCUCUACAGGCUAAGAAAGCAGGUGGAGAGGCUGCCAGCAAGGAUACAGAAGAUGCUGAGCAUUUACUGUUACAGAACAAAGCUCUGACAGAUCUAACAAGCUUACUUACACAACUGUUAACACACGAGGAUGGGGACAUUCACGACCCAGCAUGUAAAUGUCUGUCAUUGUUGGUACAGUUGUUUGGUGGGGAACACAAGGAGGCUAUGAGUCCAGAAAAUAUGGAUUACUACAGCAAAGCUCUAAAGAAAGCUGAUGCCAAGAAACAGAAAGUUUUGUUAAGGAUAAUUAAAAGACUUGUGAGUACGGACAAGUCUCAUAGGGAAUCGAUGAAGAGUAACGGAGAAGGUCUCGCCAACACAAUAACAAGCCUAGUAAAAACAGCAAGUUCCCAUGCAGAUGUUUCAUUAUCAUCGCUCGCAGCAGAAAUUCUCAAAAUGACCGGACAUCUUAAAUGAUCUUCUUGCCAGCAAUUCUAUGGAAAAAUCUCAUUGAAGUAAACUGCAUGGAAAUGAUCUCAUUGUGUAAAAGACUGAGUCCUUCCUUAUCAUUGGUCAAUUUCAAAAUGUAAAUUCGAAUUCAGCCAAUGACAAGGCGUAUUACAAAAAGUUAAUCAAGAUCCUCAAAAUGAAAGACAAUUGAAAUAGGGACGAUUGUUGCCAGGGGCUUGGUAUUUGAUAAAAUAUUCUGCUGUUCAUGUCAAAAGUAUGCUAUAUAGUUGGUAAAUAGUUAAAGUAUUCUUAGU